AUGACGGUUCUCGUGGCGAUACUGUGUGCGUUGUUUGUGUUGGACUUGGGAGCAAGGGGUCGUACCUGGGCGCACAGAGGCAGCGUGAGACCGUACGUCAACUUCAACGCCGAACAGGACGCCGACCUUCUCAAUAAAGCCAUGAAAGGAUUCGGUACGGAUGAAGACAUGGUCCUCAUGCUUCUGUCGGCACGCAGCAACGAGCAACGGCAGCAAAUUAAAGCCACGUUUAAAACGGCCUAUGGAAAGGAUCUGGUCAGCACACUGAAAUCGGAGCUCGGCGGACUGUUUGAGAAUCUGAUCGUGGCGUUGAUGACCCCGCCUACCUCCUACGACGCUCUCCAACUGCACAAAGCGAUCAAGGGAGCCGGGACCGAGGACGACGUACUGAUUGAGAUAAUGGCCUCCAGGACCGGCGACCAGAUUAAAGAUAUCGUCAAAGCGUACGAGAAAGAGUUCAACGAAAAGCUGGAGAAAGAUAUCUACGGCGACACCUCGGGUCACUACCAGAGACUGCUGGUGAUCCUCCUGCAGGCCAGCAGGCAGGAGGGAGUGGACGAGGAGAACGUAGAGAAAGACGCCAAGGACUUGUACGCCGCCGGUAAGGGCAUGUUCGGCACCGACGAGGAUCAGUUCAUCACGAUUCUUGGCCGACGCAGCGCGGAGCACCUCAGGAAAGUGUUCGACGUCUACAAGAAGCUCUACGGCUCCGACAUGGAGGACAGCGUGGAAGGAGAAACCACCGGGAACCUGGAGAACCUGCUGUUGGCCGUUGUGAAAUGUGCCAGGAGCGUGCCACAGUUUUUUGCCGAAGCCCUGUAUAAAUCUAUGAGGCGCGCUGGAACGGACGACGACACCCUGACGAGGAUAAUGGUGUCGAGGAGCGAGGCAGACAUGUUGGACAUCAGAGUCUGCUUCAAGAAGACUUACGGAGCGUCUCUGCGCACCACGAUCCAGGAGGACACAACCGGAGACUACCAGAAGGCGUUGCUCUACCUCUGUGGUGCGGGGGAUUAAAGUCGUUUUACGAGGCGUUUAGCGCUCCGUGUCGCCAGAUCUGAUCCACAGUUUCCGGCCCGAUCGCAGCUUAAAACCUGCAGCCCAGUUCAAUACCAAUCACGUGUCGUGGAACACACACGAUGAGCAAGCAGAGAACCCACCAGCACGACACGCUUCAUUCUGAAAACACUGACCUGCUGCUUUCACGUGAGAUAAGUUAUUGAUCUGGAGCUGUAGAUUCUUUAGUGUUUCUGUGAUUGCAUUUGCAUCAAUUAAGUUACAGUCGAGGAGUGCAUUGACUUCAAAGAUGUUUUUCUUUCAUAUUGGUGAUUUGAGCAGCUCAAUAAGUAGAGUGCAGUUUAGCUCGUAUAGUAGGUGACAAAUGGUUGCAGUGUUUUGAAUUAAUUAGUGUUUUUGUUUUUAUGUUUUCAGUUGUCUGUUGGUGUUGAAUUAAUAAAUAAAAUCUAACAUGUCAACGUC